AUGUCAGACAAACUCCCAGACCAGGCGGUGCAGGCUGCCGAUAAGGCAGUCGAGCAGGUUAAGCAAGCGGCGGAGAGCGUCAAGCGGGAAGCAAAAGCUAAUGGCGGAGUGGGCGGCAAUGCAGCGGCCGCGCUGAGACAGGCGGAUAGAUUUGUGCUGCGGUUGAACAAAUUAAUCGCAACCCCCGGUGGCCUCUCCGCCUUCCUCUCCACGUCAAACUACAUUCUCUACAUCCUCGCAUACUUGCAACCGCGCGCUCCCACCGUCUACGCCACGCUCCUCACGACUCUCAAAUUCUCCUCCUCGUCCAUUACGCUCACCGCCGUCGACCCCUCCGCAGUCCCACCCCUCGUUGCGCUCGCCCAACUCCUCUCAAAAUGCCGCACAACCCUCCGCCUCCUCGGCACGCUCCCGCUAUACGCCUGGUUGCGUAGCCUGAUGGCCGGCCCGAAGCCGGGCAGCGAUGUCGUAUUGCAUAGGAUAGCAGUCGUGCAGGCAACCAGUUACUUCGCAUACCAGAUCUUGGAGAACAUAUGCGUGUUAGCAGACCAUGGCGUUGUUCCGCCUAGCUUCAUUGCAAAGCUGAACCGGAGAGAUCCUACGACUGCUCGGCUGUAUACUACGGCGUACAGGCUCUGGCUUGCAGGUGUGAGCUGUGAUUUCCUCAGGCUGGCGAGGGAGGCGCAGAAUAUCAAUGCGAAGCGUGCAGCCAGGGGCCAGGAAGAGAAGGGUGAAGUGGCGGUGAGGGAGGAGGACGAGAGGGUGGAUCGGAGGUGGUGGAUGGAUGCGGCGAUUGCGGUGGCGUGGUUCCCGAUGGCGCUCCAUUUCAGUGGGGUUACGGGCGGUGUGCCUGGGUGGCAUUUGGGCUGGAUGGGAGUUUGUGGGUUGGUUGCGGGCGGAGAGAGGAUGAGGGGUUUGUGGAAGAUGACGGCAUGA